AUGCCGACCGAUAGUUCAUCCAAGAUUGUUGGUGUGAGACGAAGAGCGUGUGUCAAUUGCACGUCAGUCAAGUCGAAAUGCCUUCCCCUCUCAGCUGACGAGUGUCAGCGUUGCAAUCGCCUUGGCAAGCGGUGCACGUAUCUAAAUGUUGUUGAGAAGCGAAAGAGCCCUUCAAGUGCUUCUCGUACGAGGGUGUUGGAACAGCGGCUGAACAGAGUCUUGUCCAUGCUCACUGAGAGAGCCAGAGGGACUCCAUUGAGCGGGUUCAUUACACAACUUUCCUCUGCCGACAUUGGCAUAGAUCUGCUUGGGACGGACCAGAUACCUGGGUUCUCGCUGCCUCGCAGCUUCGCUCCACGUCAGGCGUUAGAUGUGAUUGACCAUGGGUUACUGACUCUGGACGAGGCCACGAGUCUUCUGGACAACUAUCGAACCAAAGCUGUUCCUCACUUUCCCUUCGUCCCGAUCUCAGCUGAUACUACAGUCGAAUCUUUGAGAACCUCUAAGCCCUUUCUGUUCAUGUGCAUCAUGGCAACCAUGAAAGUUGACAACUGCACAAUUCAGCGACAGAUCGGCGAGGAAGUCAAGAUGCAAGCCCAUCAGAGAGUACUGAUGGAAUCUGAGAGCAGUCUGGAACUACUCCAAGGAGUCCUGGUUUAUAUCGCUUGGUAUCAAUAUUUCUUCAGCUACGAGAAGCAACAGAUUGUCCAACUUGCACAGCUAUGUGUAUCACUAGUCCACAACCUGGGUCUUGACCAGAACCCGAACAACACUAGACGCAAAGUGGACCUUGGCCCCGACGAGACAGCGCCUGGUCGAAAGGCAGCUCGGUCUACGGAUCAGCUGCGGGCUCUUCUUGGAACCUACUGUACUGCCAGUUGGGUUUCUACCAAGUUCCGAACACGCUGUGCUAUACCUUAUACUGGGUAUAUCAAGCAAAGCUGGGAGCUUCUUGUUGCGCGAGAAGAGUACCCGAGUGACAUUCUUAUUGCCCAUCUCGUUCGUAUCAACGAGCUAAGCCGUCGAAUCUGUGAUACCUUUGGGUACGAUGAUUUAGAAAAUACAGGAAUCAAGGGCGAGUUUGUUAGUUCGAUGGCUUUGCAGACACUAAGUAAUGAGUCAACGUUACUCAAAUCGUCUGUGCCACCAGCUAUCCAGAAUGAAUUCGCGAUCAAAGUCGAACUGUACUUGCUUGAUACAUUGAUAGGUGAGGUUUCAUUGCAUGAUGACUUCUGGGACCACUCAGGAAUGGCCAACUCGUUAGCAACGAGCAAUCCUUCUUUGUCUACAAGCACCCGACUCUCAAUUCUGUUCAACUUACUGCGAAGCUGUAAGGCAUUGAACGAUGCCGUGAUUGACUGCCCGGACGAAGAUCUCUGGUACAUCACUUUCUACACUACCGCAAAAGUCUGCAGGACGCUUUCAUGUCUAUCAAAUGCUGGCAAGAUUUGGCCUGAAAUAUUCAGAGACGUAGGGCUUGCUCUAAACAGCAUGAACUUCUCGUACCCAGGCACUUCUCUCUACGACGCUAGUACUAUAGAAAGAGCAGCCGAUUUACAAGGUGAAGCGGAGCGCCUGCGAGCCAAGUUCAAGAAUCUCUCACCACUGGUGCAGAAUACUGGCGAUGAGGCCGACAUCAUGUUUGGCUUUUCUGAUAUGAUAUGGGCGGCAUUUAUUGCUUAUGACCAGGCACGAGGGCUUGACCAAGGCCCUCUCAAUUUCGCCUUUGAUGCGGCGUGUUCGACGCCUGAGAUUGGUAGUUCUGGAGGAUACUUGUCAAGUACCGGCUCUGGCAAUGCGACGGAUGCGGUGUUGGAUUUGGAAGGAAUUGACGAUUCGACUUGGGAAGAGUUGCUUGCUGGAAUUACUACUGCAACUGAGCUGACCUCAAGACGAUCAUACACCGUCAUGCCUCCCCCAAAAGGAACCCCCAACCCUCUCGAAGGCCCAGGCGACUACGAUGUUACCUCCGAGGUUCAUUCCGACACCUAUCCCGCCAUUGACCCAACGAACUUCAACCUCAAAGACAAGACCAUUCUCGUCACAGGAGCAUCCCGAGGCUUUGGACGAGCCAUGUGUGUCUCUUUCGCCAAGGCUGGAGCUUCGCGCUUCGUAGUAGCUUCGCGAUCCGACAUGUCAACCACCGCUGAAGCCAUCAAAGCUGCAGCAAAGGAAGUAGGACGCCCAGAGCCCGAGGUCCUAACCAUAAAAACCGAUGUCGGAGUUCCAGAAAGCGUUGAUGCUUUGGCGAAUGAGAUUGAUAAGAAGUUCGGGUCUUUGGACGUUGUGAUCAACAAUGCAGCAUUCAUGAAAUUGGCUUCUAUCGCCGAGUCAGAUCCUGCCGAUUGGUUGACAACUCUAACAGCGAACGUCUUUGAUCCUUACCUUGUUGCGCGGGCUCUUGCACCUCUGCUUCUCAAAUCUGAGACAAAGACCAUCAUUAACAUUGCUAGCGUUGGUGCUCAUCUUAUUUCACCCACUAUUAGCGCAUAUCAAAUCUCGAAGCUGGCGAUUGUGAGAUUGACCGAGUUCAUCGCGGUCGAGUAUGGAGACCAGGGCAUUGUGUCUUACUGUGUUCAUCCUGGCAAUGCUCCGUCAGAAAUGUCUGGUGGCAUUGAGGGUAUUCCAGAGCCGCUGAGACCAGCAUUCGUCGAUACUCCUGAACUCACUGGAAACUCCCUGGUAUACUUGGCAUCCGAAAGACGACCAUGGUUGGCUGGAAGAUACAUAAACUUGACUUGGGAUAUGCCAGAGUUGAUGUCGAAGGAGCAGGAGAUUGUUAAGGACGACAAACUGAAAGUUCGUCUCGCGUUUUAG